GCCAUGAGAUCCAUUGAAAGACUGGAAACAUAAGACAUACAAGCAAGCAAUUCACUGCGCAAUCUAACAACAGAGGCUGAAGCCCUAAUCCAAUACAUCACUGAUUUUCCGAGUCCCUUGACGCGUUAGACCUGACGGCAACGACAAUUCAUCGCCCGUUCCCUUAACUUCGAAGCGCCGACGCCUCGGAUCCAGCGCUACCACCUCGACUCGUUGCUCUCCGAAUAGGACUCCGCUCAGGAGCACUGAUCCGCGACAGAAGGCUGUAACCCACCAUCCCAGAGGCAGGACAUUGCUGUUGCAGCAAUGGCCCACGGCGCCCAACAGCCUAGCUAUGUCGUGAUCUCACGCCCACUAUCGGGCAGAGAUGCGGACCCGAACAAGUGGCUUGGACGAUUCGUGCGAAUGAUGAACAGGCCGACGGAUCAAUACGCGCCUACGAUUCAUCACAGUCUCCUCACCACGGUUCAACGGUUCAUCCUGGACGAAUUGUUCGAUGUUGACGCCACUAUAUUCACCCAGAGCCUGAAAGACGAGAGCCUCCGAUUCCGGCUUACCGACCUGUUCACCUUUGGCAAGACUGCCCACGGGGAGAAAACAACCCGGCUGGAGACCCCCCACGUUGCCACAUUUAGCGUCCAGCAGCACCAGCGGUUGUUUGACGAUCUUAUGGAGAGCGAGGUAGUGAAGGAACAAGCACUUGCCCUCCUGCGGUCACCUGCAUGUAAGGGUAAACUAUUCAUGAUCGUCGGCGCGAAGGUGGUUUACGACGGGAGCGUCAACGUCAUAACCAACGUGGGCGAGGGCCAGAAGCUCACGGCCAUCGUCCCGGCCUCUGAGCUCGCCGCGGCUGCGGCAGGAAGUCCGGUGCCUAUCCUCCGGCGUCAGAAUCCGGAGCUGGAGAUGAGCAAGGAGGAGACGCGCAAGUCCGACGCCUCGCACAGCUUUCCCGGCGCGAGGAUAUUCGCUUUCGAGUACAAGAAGGUGACCCUCGCUCGGAGUUGGAUUCUUCGCAAACCGAAGGACCCGUACAUCUCACCCGAUGUCCCGCAAUUCGAUUGGAGCCAUCAGGUGUUCUCAGGGGCCAAGGAGUCGUCGCGGCGAGCGCUUGAACCGGGGGCAUCAGGCGAGCAGCCCAUCGAAGCAUCGGAAGCCUCCGAGUUGCAGGAAGCCCACGCUGAAUUAAAAGACUCGAGAAUUGAGUUGGCCGACGUUGGUGACUUGGGCAUUGGCUGGCAGACGGAGUCUUUCGCAGACGUGGGCACGGGCACCUUGAUUUAUGAGGCGUCCGACUCGGAGUCUGAUCUGGACGAGGUGGAGCAAGGCGACUAACCGCUUGUCCUGCUGUGAUCCUGCGGUCGAGGCUGGCCCGUCGCUGGCCCGCGAACUCCUGGCACUCUCCCUGCUGCCCACCCACGCCCCCGAUUGCCUCGUAACUAACUAUGAAGACGGCUGAGGAGGGGCUUUUCCGCCGUUUUUCUCAAUGCUGUUGCAUUGGGCCUUUCUCUGCUUGAAGUGGAGGGCGUCGCACGCCUCGUCGCGAGACCUCAUUUGCGACAUUCUCAGCAGGUGAAGUACAAAGUCCCGUGACGGCCGAUCUCGUAGGCUGCUCCCUAGAACGAUACGCACGUACCGGUCGAACCUCAAGCACUUGGUACCUGCGAAGCUCCCCGAAUAGAGUCGGCUGACCGAAAAACAUCACCUCGAAUGCAGAAAGAUCUGAAGGAUCAGAUCUUGCGCGAUGCAUAUGAUGAGGAGUUGCAGUAGCGGAUUCAUUGACCACACCCAGGCAUAAAGAGGAAGGCUGGAGAAUCAUAGGU